CGGUUCCUGCCCAGACGGCUGCUGCGAUUCCGUAGAGGUGUUGCGGUCCGCUUACAGCUGCGGCAGGCGUGGAUACGAGCUGGUCUGAGGGUCUGAGUAGAAGCAGAACUGAGCCUAGCUGGGACCGCACCCCAGGACGGCCUGGAUUCCUCCAGAGGGUCCCAGCAGCCCCCACACAGCCAUGCACUGCCCAGCCGUGCUCCUUCUUCUCCUGCCUGGUGGGGCUGAGGCCUUUCGCAUCUGUGCCUUCAAUGCCCAGCGGCUGACGCUUUCCAAGGCAGCCAGAGAGCAUGUGAUGGACACCUUCGUUCGGAUCCUGGCUCGCUGCGACAUCAUGGUGCUGCAGGAGGUGGUGGACGCUUCUGGCAGUGCUAUGUCCCUCCUGCUUCGAGAACUCAAUCGAUUUGAUGACUCCGGGUCCUACAGUUUCUUGAGCAGCCCCUCUCUGGGGCGCAGCACAUACAUGGAGAAGUACGUGUACGUCUACCGGUCACACAAGACACAGGUCCUGGAUUCCUACGUGUACGAGGACAAGGAUGAUCUAUUUGCCCGGGAGCCCUUUGUGGCCCAGUUCACUUUUCCCAGCAAGGUCCUUCGCAGCCUGGUGCUGGUCCCGCUGCACACCACUCCGAAGGCCGUAGAGGAAGAGCUGAAUGCCCUGUACGACGUGUUUCUGGAUGUCUCCCAGCGCUGGAAGAGCAGGGACAUGAUCCUGCUCGGGGACUUCAAUGCUGACUGUGCCUCCCUGACCAAAAAGCGCCUGGGUGAGCUGGUGCUGCGGACUCAGGCGGGCUUCCACUGGGCAAUUGACGACGAUGAGGACACCACAGUGCGGGCCAGCACCCACUGCGCUUAUGACCGCAUAGUGCUGCAUGGGGAUCGCUGCCAGAGCCUGCUACGCUCCGCGGCUGCCUUCAAUUUCCCGAGGAGCUUCCAACUCACCGAGGAGGAGGCCCUCAACAUCAGCGACCACUACCCUGUGGAAGCGGAGCUGAACCAGGCGGCACCCAGGGUCCAGCCUCUUGGCCUGGCUGUUCUGUUGCUGCUACUCCUGCUCCCCCCGCCGGGCCUGGUGGCCUGAACCAGCCCCGAGCCUGCUGCCCACAGAUGUGAGGACUGUGCUGCUUUCAGGACUCAAACCCUGCUCUCUCCGGUGUGCUCCCCGACUGCUCUGGAGCCGGAGAGACUCCUGAGAGGCUUCAACUGCAGCCCUCCUGCAUCUGAUGAUAGCUCUACCCCACUGGACUGCAACCCUUUUCCAUCUGCCUUUUCUUUGGUUUGGCUUGUGUUCUUUGGUUGGGCCCCUGCCUGGCAUUAGAAUGUAGAGGGAGGCAGGGGCCCUGAGGCUAGACCCAUGCCACUCUGCCCCCAGCUAGUGUCAAGAGUGGGGAUAGAGCAGGCUCCAGGGCUGGGGGAGAAAAGGGGGCUCAGGUGAUUUUGGCUCAACUGCAGGGCUCAGAAAAGGGAAUCACAGCAGACCAAAGGUUUUAUUAUAGGACAAAAAGGAAACUUACACGCUGAGAACAAAAGCUAAAUUGAGGGGUAUUACGUACAUGUAGCAGAUGUGCCCGAGGGCCAUUUUUAUUGCACGCAGGAUCCGUAUGAAUCAAUAUUAAGAUUCUAGCAGACACAAGGAUUGAUAAGCAGUUUACACACACACAGUAAGUAGCGAACAGAAAAUGUUUAAGCUUGUUGUCAUCCCAUAAAUGAAAAUAGCUUCAAACAGCCCUGCUGCCUGCUGUCAAGCCCAUGUUCACAAGCAUGGUGCAGCCCAACCUCACCCCACCCAGGGUAUGGUCAGUCCACACUGGGGGCACGUGUACGAGGCGUGGCUCCGGCUGGGUACCAAGGCUACAGGCACAUACAGAAGAGAGAUGCACCACUUCUGUUAACUAACAGCAGCUGUAUGAGUACGUGCUCGUGCAGGUAAAGGGACUACAGGACGCUUAGCAAAAUGUUACCUAUGAGCCUAUUUAGGAUGUUGGUAUAGAACACUCCCUUCCCCAGCUUCAUUUCCCAGAGACAGAGCUCAGUAAAACCUGCUAGCAGGAUUAUCAGGGCCAUUUACACACACAAUUUAUGGCUUGGAAUCAUCUCAAGGUCAAAAAUAAAAGUAACUUUCAACCUUA